AUGCAGGGUAAAGUUUCGCAGAAUCCGUUUGCUGCAGGACGAACUAACGAUGGAACCGCCUCGCCAGGCCCUGGAUACUAUUAUAGCUCGGCAGCACCCGUAAACCACAAGCAGGCUUUAUCUACUUCCAAAAAGGGCUCUGCAAGCUUCGCAAGCACAACAAAGCGAUUUCCACUUAGACAUGCUCACUGGGGCAUGCCGGGGCCUUCACACUAUAACCCUAAUGCGGAGCCCCUCUUCUACCCGUCCAUUAAAGCCGACCCUAGACACCCCUCUGCAAGCUUUCUGGCUGUUGGGCGUGACCACCCUUUUGGUAAUCAAGCUGUCGAGGAGACCCCUGCGCCGGGCCAAUAUAAUACGCAAGCAUAUGGGGCUGUGACCACAGGCCUCCAAUCUUACAACAUUAUUUACACAAACACGUGUCGUCCAGAGGGUACCAUUCCUUCCGAAUAUAAAAGGCUUAAGGACGCGGCACGUAAGCAGAAUAAAUCCGUUUCACAGUAUGUUAUAGAGAACGAUCCUCUCUAUAACCCUCUUCCAGAGCGUCUGCAGGAGAAUGCUCUGACGGCAGAGGAACGCUUCAAUCCAGAGAACCGAGACAAGGAGCUUGAGAAGCGUGCAUCCAACCUCAUUUCCCCACACGUCCAGUAUCGAGCAUAUCUGAAGGAAAUAGCCCAGCACUUUAACAUUGACCUCCCUAGUUCUCGUGAGUUCAUUCAGAACGAGAUCAACGCUGACCUUGCUGAGUCUCCAACUUAUGCACACAUCCGGAACAAGCGUACAUCAGCGGCUUCUGCCCCGUUGCCGGCCAGUACCUCGAAAUCAAAAGGCACCAUAGACCCGGGAUCAUCUACGCGCGUAGUCCGUGGCUUCAAAGGCAAAACUUUGACUGGCAGGAUUGCCGGCUCUUCUACAACUUACAUAAAGAAGCCUGUCACAAUCGCGGGGUCCAUGGGCUUGGCGUACUUACUAGACAAGCCUGACGAGCAGACCCAGAUAGGGGCUAACAUAAGUAAGGAACAAAGAAAGAAGCUAGAGACAUACGAGAAGCUCAUUGAGGACGCUCCGAGCAGCAUGAAGGAGAAUGUCGGUAUUCCGCCCCCUGGACAAUACAGGCCUGCAUUCGGAUUGGCCACAGCAAACCAGGACACAAUAUUACGUGAGCACAGGAUAUCUUACAACCAUGACAAGAUAAAAAGAGAAGAGAAGACACUCCACGGGCCAGGAGAGUAUACUGUCCAGGACUCGUUUACUAGGCGUCGUUCAGAAAGCAUACCUGCAUUACAUAGUGCCUCGGAGCGGUUUAAGGCUACAUCUUCCACUGAAACACCAGGCCCAGGGACAUAUGACAUACUUCGUGAUCUAAGUGCCCACAAGAGCUUUAUGCUCAAUGAAGACCGCAAGUUCGUUAUAAUGUGA